AAUUAACCCCGAACAAAAGGUCCCCACCGCCCGGCGAUUAAGAGGGAUUCCAGCCAAAACCGCUCGGCCGAUUUUCAAAAUUACUUUUUCCCCUUCAUCCUCGAUCUUUGGUUCACCAUACUACGGUCUCCUUUUUCUCCUUUUCGCUUCCGUUCCUGAGAUAUUUACGGUUUUCUCCCGGAUUCGUUCGAAAUCCUCUCGAUCACGAUUAGUGCUCUCCGCGGUCUUUGUCCCGACUUUCUAAAGGUUCUUUCUCUCUCUUUUCUCUUGCUCUCUACAAAAGGUUUCAAAACUCCUUCCAACAGCAACCCUUCAAUUUGAACGGAGGCUUUUCAAAUUCGUUUCGCUUCCACAAAGAAUCUACUGUGUGCCGAUAAUUUAGAUGAUGUGGAAUUGGAUGAUAAAUCUACGUGCACUGCUGGUUGGCAUUCCUUUUCGAACUCGAAGCGGUCGUCGACGGUCGGUGUCGUGUGCUACAGCUACAGCUCCAGUAGUCAAUCGUGCUGGGUGCUCUCGACAGACCUCAGCUACGUACGGUACGCACACUGCUGCCCGUUUUUUGGUUUUGCGAUUGCUGCUGGCUGUUCCCCUUCUUCACUGGCAUCAGAAUCGAUGGCAUGCGAAUACAAAUAAACGAUCGGAUUCGCUGACUUUUUGGUUCAACAAAUCAAAGAUCGUUUCGAGCAAUAAUUAUGACCCAGACGUGAUUCUUGACUGUGGAGAAAAGGACUAAAGUUAUAUAGAUUAGCUGUUGUCCGUAAAUUGUAUUUUGUUAAUUUGUUGUUGGAGUAAGAAUCAUAUCUGAUGCACGAAACUUUGGCUGUUUUCUAUCUUUCCAUUUCUUAAGUGCUUUGUUGCUGCAGUGUUUCAAAAGCUAAUUGUGACGAAGAUAUGAUAUGUGGACCUCAAAUGUAUAGAACUGCGUAAUAACUUUAUAACUCUUUGGGGUUUAGAAGAGGUGUUUGAUUCAGAAUAAACAGGGAGCUUUGAGGGUGGCCCGCAAUUAUGUCUAAAAACAGCAUCACAAGUGAACAAAGAUUGAACGAAGUGCUUUAAAAUGAACAUUACAGCUCUAAGAAUGACUUUAGAAAAUAUUUAAAAACGCCCCAUAAGUCGACGAAGGCUAAGAGUGUAUGA